UGUCAUUAGUGUAUUUGGAGAAAGAGAGUCUUUGUUUUUAAUUGUGAAUGGCUAUUAGACUCAUAUCCUGGCUAUAAGAGAUGCCUGAAAUUUAAAUCACCAAAUCAGUUUAAUGUUAUUUAAUAGUACAAAUAAAGCUUUCAAGAGAAUUAGGAACAAAUUCUGAAAUCCAAAAAGAUUUCUCUAUAAUCACAUUGGUCUGAGAUGUCUAAGGAAUGAUAUGGAACUUGUAACUCUCUCAACCGCUCAAGGAUCAAGAACCUUCAGAUGCGUAGCCUGCGAAAGUAAGCAACCCAUAAAACCUAAUAAAGAUGGAAAGAAUUGUGAGAGGAAUUCCCUGGAAUUUCUCAAGGCAAGGGAUUACUAUGCAGCUAAUUGAGUAAUUUCUAACUAUAAUAAACAUUUGCUCAGACUAUUCUUAAGAAUCACCUGUUUUUGCAGGUUUUGCUAA